UUUCUAAAUCCUCACAGCUUUCCCCGAGAUCUCGAUUGCGCGCCGAACUCUCUGAUUUCGUGGAACUCCAUUGAAUGCGAUGGACGGCAACAAAGACGAGGCUCUUAGAUGCAUCUCCAUCGCCGAAGAGGCAAUCGCCGCAGGAAACAAGCAACGCGCCUUGAGAUUCAUCAGAUUCGCGCAGCGCCUUAAUCGCGAGUCCUCCGUCGACGAUCUCCUCGCUGCUUGCGAGAAACUAGCAUCCGCCGACGAAUCAAAGAGUCGUGGUAGCGGCAGUAGCAAUAACCCUAGUAGGGCAGGUAAUUGGAACGACGAAGGUUCGGUUGGUGGGGAUCGGAGCUACAGCGAGGAGAAUCUGCAAUUGAUUAGGCAGAUCAACAGGACGAAAGACUACUACGCGAUUCUCAGCGUGGGGAAGUCCUGUUCUGCUGACGAGAUUAGGAAAUCAUACAGAAAAUUGUCUCUGAGAGUUCAUCCCGACAAGAACAAAGCGCCGGGGGCCGAAGAAGCGUUCAAGAAAGUCUGUGCUGCGUUCAAGUGUUUGAGCGAUGGAGAAUCUCGAAGGCAGUACGAUCAUGUGGGUUUGGUAAGAGGGUUCGGUUGCAGCAGCCAGCAACGGCAGAACGCGAGACCGCGAAGGGCUACGAGGAGGAAUGAUGGUUAUAGAGGUUACAAUGGCUAUUACGAUGAUGACGAGAUGUAUGGCCAGUAUUUCAAUAGGAAUGAAGGGUAUAGAGCUUAUAAUCCCUACAUGAGCAGAAGAGAAAGGGCAACUGAACAUAAUGCCGAGUUUGAGGAUCAUGAAAAGGGGGCAAGUUGUUGGUUUAUUCUGCUGCAGAUUCUGCCAUUUUUGGUGAUCUUCUUGUUAGCUUAUGUGCCAUUUACAGAGCGGGUUUACUCGUUGCGGCCAACUGACUCGUAUCGGGUUUUGAGGAAGACUGAGAAGCAUGGGGUUGAGUUCUAUGUUAGAUCUCCGGGGUUCGAUCAGAGCUUCCCUGUUGGGAGCACUGAUAGGAGUAAUGUUGAGGGUAGUGUGGUCAAGGAAUAUAAGCUCUUGCUUUGGCGGUAUUGUCAUAUGGAGAUGCAGAGGCGGCAUUGGAAUAAGGUUUUGCCUACUCCUAAUUGCAAUAAGCUGCACAAUCUUGGAUUAGCAUGAAUGGUGAGAACUGCUUCCCUUGUCUCUUGUACACACUACACUUAAACAAUUUGCUGUUGUUCUGCUUGGUUUUUGUUUCCAUGGUGUUUAUGAACCUUUCCACUGGAAGCUGACUACCAUUACUAAAUAGAAGUCUGCUUCCAGUAUUCUGUUUCUGAGUCAAUGUUCUUGAAAAAAUGUUGGUACUUUGUUCAUCACCCAAUGCAGUGGAGACCCCUGCACCAAAUAUUUCACUGGAGUAGGCUCUUUAAUGGUGCUUUCAAUCCUUGAAGGUUCUUUUAGAUGAGAUUGAAAAGGAAUGACAUUGAUCUUCCCUUCAGAUUCCUUGUAUCUGCCCACUCUCAUGAGAGCAAGAACCAGCUGGGUUUCUUAGUUUUUGUUUCUCCUUUUAGUUGUUGAAUGAACCAUUCAGGCUUAGACUAAUAAAAAAUUAGAAGAAUUAUGUCAUCUAUACACCUUGAUUGUCCAAGUCCCCCUGGAGGGUUUGAUCUAUAGCCAUUUCUAAGGUUUGGCUCAGCAUUGCCUUCUUUUAAAUGUCUGUAUGCUGUGGGAAGUUUACAGAUGCAGCUGAUGAAUGGAGGUAACCAUGUACAAUCCCCCUUCUGAUCCUUCUAUCUGUGGAUUGUUACAGAUGCUGCUAUAAGGUUUUGGGUACUCAGAUAUCGGGGCUUAUGUAAAUGAAGUCUGUUGGGAUUUCCCUGCUACACGAAGCUUCACGCCACGCUUUUCGAUCGUGAAUCUGACAUGGCAUGCUGUGGUCGUGCUAGACUCGCAUGUCCGGGUCCGGCCUCUGCUGAAGGUAACAGGGUAACUGACUGACUGCCAUGGGGGUGAAACAUUUUUUGGUGAAAAUGGAAUAGAAAUUCAUGUGAGUUAUUGUUUCAUUCUAUGUGUGAGAAGCUGUUUAUGGGAAGUUUUUUCCCCGAUUUGUACGUACAUGGCUCGGCUGAUCUGUGACUUGCACAAGAAACGCCACUCAUUUUCAACUGCGGGUAUAAUCCAAUUGAACUCACCAAUUUCUGGUUCGAUUGUGUUUGUGUAUAUGCGGUUUUCGAUUUUAUUUCUUUUGUAUUCGAUAUUUGUAUGGAGAUUCACUUCUAAAUGGAUGGAUUUUGAUAAGAUGGAAUUGGAACAAUAGGUUUUGAAAUUUAUACAUUGGUGAUGGGGUUGUGUGACGGGAACGGAUCAGGUCAGUAACCCUAUGGUCAGUAAUAUGAGUAAUCUGUCUAUAUCAGCAUGACAUCAAUAUUCUCUCUUUUCUGGAAUUUUUUUUUUAAUCUAUUUCCCUUUAAUUUUUAACAGACGAUUUCUCUCUUGUUUUAAGUCGAAAUUUAAUUUUUUUUUGCACAGAUUAAUCAGAUUAAAGUGCUCUUUAAAAUGAUGACCACUUUGAUAUAUUUUUAGUACAAAAAAAUGAAUACUUUUAUACCAGUUAUUACCAUAUGAUAUGCUUCUAUUUAAUACCAUAUGAUAAGAAAGCGUACCAUGAUGGUAUGAACAUACCAAUAUAGUAAGAAGGUUGAAUACAUGAUAAUAGGAGUAUACUAACUGUCAUUUACGACUUUCAUCAUUGUUUACUACAAGUUACCACUCACAACUAUAAAGUAUCAUAGUUGUUGGGAGAGGUUCAAUCAUGGAUCAUAUACCACAACACUAACACGCCCCCUCAAACGAAAACCACUCACAAGGGCUUGAAGUUUACACAGGUCUGAAGACAAGAAUACCAUGUGCUUAACAAAUGGGGGUCACCGGGAAUCGAAUACAAGACCUUUCGGUCACAGAAGGCUCUGAUACCAUGUCAAGAACCAGUUGAUCCCAAUAACUCGAGUUGUUGGGAGAGGUUCAAUCAUGGAUCAUAUACCACAACACUAACACCAAUAGAUCAUGAUGAACUCGUUCCUUCUGAGCAAACAUUUUUAAAAACGACUUAAAACGAAGAAGUUAUCAUAUGAUAUGUAGUUUGUAAAAAAAAAGUUUCUCGAAAUAUAUUGAAAAUUGAUCUCAUUUUGUAGAGCACAACGAACUCGUUCCAUCUAUGCAAAAAAAAAAAUUGAAAUCCGAGUUAGAACGAAUAAGAUAAGGGCCGAUUACGAAAACUAGGAAAAAUAAAAUGUCUUUAAUUGA